AAAAAAAAGCUUAUAAUUAAAGAACACAAAAGAAACUCUCACAUUCUCAAGAGUUUCUUUCUUCUUUCAAUGGCUUUACUAACUUUCUUGCCGGAAAACGCAGAGGCGCCUCAAAAACACAAGCCACCGUCGAGCAAACGCAAGAAACGCGAGAAUCCCACCGACCAAACGCAGCCGCGGAAACACAAACCGCAGAAACCGAAGAAAGAAGUACCUCAGAAGCAACCAUCUUCAUGGGACCAAAUCAAGAACCUAUUGACUUGCAAACAAAUCGAAGGGUCAAGAGUCCAUGAUCCUUCCAAGAACUCUCAGGUUGGUCCGUCCACGACCACUCAUUUAUCUCCUUCAAAGCUCGGCUCGUCGUGCAGCUCCAUAUGUAGCUUCAGAGACGUGGCUCACGGCAACACUCGUGUGGUUCAUAGAGCUGAUCACUCUCCAGACGUAGCUAACUCAGUUGCUCCUAACUCGGAGACUCGGCUUCUGACUCGGAAACCUGGUCAACACGGUUCUUCUUCGUCUCGGUCUCUUACAUCUGGCUCAACGAGAUCUAACGCCAGUGGGAGUUACACGUCAUCGUCAACGACUUCGUUUAGAGCCAUGCAGUUCCGUAAACUCUCCGGAUGUUACGAAUGUCACAUGAUCGUUGACCCUAGCAGGUAUCCGAUUUCGCCUAGGGUUUGUGCUUGUUCCCAAUGUGGAGAAGUUUUUCCCAAGCUUGAAAGCCUAGAGCUUCAUCAAGCGGUUCGUCACGCAGUUUCGGAGUUAGGUCCGGAAGAUUCGGGUCGAAACAUAGUGGAGAUCAUAUUCAAAUCAAGCUGGCUUAAAAAAGACAGUCCCAUCUGUCAGAUCGAACGGAUAUUAAAAGUCCAAAACACUCAACGUACGAUCCAACGGUUUGAGGAUUGCCGAGACGCAGUGAAGGCGCGUGCACUUCAAGCAACCAGAAAAGACGCCCGUUGUGCCGCCGACGGUAACGAGCUUCUACGUUUUCACUGCACCACUCUCACUUGUUCUCUCGGAGCUCGUGGCUCUUCGUCUCUCUGCUCUAACCUCCCUGGAUGUGGCGUCUGCACCGUGAUUCGCCACGGGUUCCAAGGAAAAUCCGGCGGCGGAGGAGCCGUCACCGCCAACGCCGGUGUGAGGACGACGGCGAGUAGCGGAAGAGCUGAUGAUUUGCUGAGGUGUAGCGAUGAUGCGAGGAGAGUGAUGCUUGUGUGCCGUGUGAUCGCUGGGAGAGUUAAGCGAGUUGAUUUGCCAGCGGCAGAGGCUCCUGCUACGGCGGAGAAAAAGUCUCCGGUGGAAGAUAAUUCGGUGGUCGGAGUUUCUUCAAGUGGCGGUACGUUUGACUCGGUGGCGGUCAACGCUGGAGUUUAUUCGAAUCUUGAGGAGCUUGUGGUUUAUAACCCGAGAGCUAUAUUACCUUGCUUCGUGGUUAUUUACAAAGUUUUAGAAUCUUGAAUUUGUAAUUUUAACUUGAGAAAUAAUGUUUGUUUUUAGUA